AUGGCUGAUUGGCUUCGUCAACUAGUCCAGUCCAACGAAUCAAAGGUCGCUACCUCUUCCACCUCGGUCUCCAUCACUUCAAAUACCUCUUCCCGCAGCUCCUUCAGCCGAGAGCCACCUUUCAAGAAAGCCUCAAUUCCGGUGAUUCCCGAGGCGAAUUCCUUUCAUAAUGGAUACCUGAGCUGUGAUUGGAGCCCGGUAAGAAAUUUCUCCGCAACUUACUUCUGGCUGUUUGCACUGCAAUUUGCUGUAGUCGAUAUUGUCGCGUCAUUUUAUUGUGGUCACCGGUUUUUGUCUUUUUAUUGUAGAAACUCCUUAUUAUAGCCGAUUACAAAUAGAGUUCUCUAUAAAAUCGGUAGAAUUAAGUCGUGAAAAAUAACAGUAUUUUACAAUUUUGGAAUUGGAAAAAAAUACAAAUUUAGCCCCGUAAUAACUCACUUCCUGUCUGUACGGAUUCUCCUUUCUGCUCAAAGUUUUUCAUCUUUUGCUAAUCUCUUCUAAACGGCCGGUCUCUGGGGAUACGAAAUUUAAUUACGUUUUCCCCCUCUUUAGGAUCAGUUCGUUUUUGGGUGAGCAUUUUCUCAACUUUUUUAGUGUGCCUGGUAAAAUUCCCAUGGCUUUCGACAGGAAAUGAAUUGAUAUUUAUUUUGUCGAAGAAUUAUUAUACUAUUGAGAAAUUACAGUAAUAAUGUAAUUUCUCUUCCCAACUUUGGCCCUUAUAGAAUUUUUUUAUUAGUUGGGAAGGUUUUACUGAAAAUUUACUAGCAAUAACAGUGAAAUUCCCGAGAGAAUUUUUUUACAUCCAUUUUUUUAUACGUUGUCUUAUGUAUCCCACAUACUGUCACAAACCUCUUUAUUUUAGUCUGUCGGGAAAAUAAUGUCAGUCUGUCGGGAAAAUAACGGCGGAUCGUCGCGCCUCGGAAUCGCCCAUCAUCGCUUUGCGACUGAAAGCCGCUGCAGACAUUUUGCUGCAACAAUCCGCCGUUACUUUCCGGACAGACUGAUAUGAUAAUGAAAACACUGUCGCAUCGCAAAUCGCGUCGCUGCCGGGAAAACGAAUUGUCACGAUAAAUUUCAAGUUGCUUUUUUCAUCAGCGACGCGAUCGGCGUAGCGACAUUUUGCUCACUAUUUUCCCGACAGGCUGAUAGUAACAGCCAAAACUCUGCAGAACGAUAAAUUUGCUAUCUCAAGAGCCUGUUAAAAUAAACUUCACUGAUCUCAUAAAAAGAGAAAACAUUUUUUUUGAACUGAAAGUUUGCGGAUUGGGAAACGAUAUGUCAAGAAAUUUUUUUACCAAAAUGAGUGAAAAAAUACAGAAAGUAAAAUGAUUACUUACUUACAUAUGUUAGGUUAGGAUAGUUCUUUUUCAUUACUUUAUGAGGCAGUCUACAACAAAUUUCAAAGCAUUUCAUUAUGCAAUCAAAGGCGCACUAAAUAACAGUCUGUUCGGGAUUUUUAACUGAUCACUUCUAAAAGCUUUAACGAGACUGUCUACAAUUUCAUCGAAGCCUCUCACCACCAAACCUAAGUCCCCAUCUUCUCUUCAUCACAUCCCGAAGACUCCUCUUCAUGCUAAUUGUUUCGUGUGUAACAUUGUUAACCGCCUUUCGGAUGAUGUAUAGAGACGGGCAUGUUGGGCCCACGCACUCUACAAUGGUGUCUUUCGGGCAGAGUAAACACGCUAUGCGGGCUCUCCAAGAAUGCGGGGCGUUUCAUGUUUCUGGCACCGUCCAAGUCGUUUGGCCAUCCCUUCGGCGACCAACAAUGGAUGGGAUUCUCGACCGCAAACCAGGUGGACGCGCAGUUCGGGCUGAAGGACGUAAGUGCUGUACGAAUUGUAAUCACUGGGUUGUGGUGGUGGUUGUAGCUUUCUUGAUUGUUGUGAAAGCGACUUUUUUGCUUAGAAUCGACACAAAAUUUUACGAUUUUAAACUACGAUCAAAAUUUAUUAAAGUUAUUGUAUAUAGAUCAAAAUGUCAUCAUUUUUGAAAUUUUUAUCUUUUAGCUAAUUUUCAACCUUUCCAUCACAAGAAAACACUUUUUUUGAUUGCUAUAAAACCUUUUUAGACUCCCCUUCCGAAGCCUCCAAUCCCAUCAUUGGAGCAUACGCUGGAAAGAUAUCUUCAGCACGCGUCGGUGGUCCGAAGCUGGGAUGAGGUGCCAGCAGAGGAUGUGGAAAGUGCGGUCGGAAGGUUCUUUCCGAUAGCGGAAGCCUUGCAAGAUGAGCUGAAAGAAAUUGCCGAGGUGGAAGAGAAUUGGGUAGGUGGGGGGAAUAAAGGAAAUCCGAAAAAACACGGAAGAGGUGGAAAAAUGGUAAAAAAAUAAAGCAAAAAUUUUGGUCAAAAAACACCACAUAUCAGUCGGCCGGGAAAAUAAUAAUGUCGUAUCAAAAAUCGCAUAGUUUCAAAUCUUCAUUAUUUCCCGACAGGCUGAUUUUCAUCUGCAUUAAGACUGGUCAAGUCAAAAUUCAGAGGGCCAAAACUUAACGGCCACAAAACCGGCCAAAUUUGACAUUGACCGGAAAUGUUCGGAUCACAAAAAAAGUAAAAUAAUUUUUAACUUCAAAAUACGAAAUUAACAUUUUCAACUGUCAUUUUUUCAAUUUUUCAGAUAGUAAAAUACUGGCUAGAGACCAUGUACUUGAAGCCGAGGUAUCCUCUUCCAGUCUACUCCAGUCCGGGCUACAUUUUCCCGAGGCAAGUGUUCUACGACGAGGACGACUGGCUCCUCUUCGCGGCGUGGAUGGCCAAAGGAAUUUUGAACUUCAAGGAUCUCAUUGACAAGUAAUUUCAUGUUUUUUUCAAGCUCUUAUUGAGACAAGGGCGUAUAAAAAAUUUGCAAAAUGAAUGGAUCGUAUUAAAUCCAAGGCUCAAGUCUCAAAAAAUGACCAAGAAAUUUGCCUUUUUUUCGUUCCGUUGAGGCCAAUCUCGGUAUAAUAAAUGCAUCUGUCUACAUGCUUUUUUUGCAAAAAAGAAGUCAGAAAACGAACGAAUAAGGGGUCAAACUGAAUGUUUUAUUAUAACGGCAUCACAACACAAUUCAUUUUCUCAAUGGCGAUGCAAUUUUUUAUGCGACAGUGAGCUUAUUAUUUUCCGGACAUACUGAUACGAAACAAGAGCUUUUUUUACACAUUCAAGAAACUCUCUCUAUAAUAUCUAUCCAACAAUUUGCAGACGCGGCCUGGAACAAGACAAAUCCCGUUCCGGCUACCCCAUGUGUAUGGACCAAUACGACCGGCUGCUUGGCAUCUAUCGCCAACCCGCAGUGGGCUGCGACAAACACCUUUCGCAUCGCUAUCGAAACGGUCUCAAUGCGGAUCAGCACCUGCUUGUGAUGUGCGAAGCUCAAGCUUUUAUAUUGUAUGUGCGGAAGGAUGGAGUUGCGUUGGGCCCGACCGAGAUUGCCGCCCAGCUGAGAGAGAUUGUGAACAAAGCCAGGAAUCGGAAUCGAGUGAAUGUGACACCGAUCGCGGCGGCGACCGGCGCGCAACGCGAUGAGGCUGCAACGUUUUGGGAAUCCAUGUUGGAACGUAAGGAGAUUUUGCGAAUUGUAGCUGCUGUAUAGUCCAGAUAAACAUUUUGUAGUCUUAAAAUCGCCCUGAAAGCUUCAAAGAGAAUGAUUCUGUUACAGUAGCGGACCUGGACCAUUGACUAAAAACGUACCAUUUUGCAUCCGGGAAGUAUUAAAAAUGCGGCAAAAUACCUCUUUCUUCAAGAAAAAAAAACUCCGAUUUCAAAAGCGCGCCCACUUUUUUUGUGGGGGAAAAAUACAGGGUCUUUCAAGAAACGUUCAAAACGGAGUUUUUUUUGUUGGAGAAGGAGGCAUUUUGCCACAUUUUCGAUACUUCCUGGAUGCAAAAUGACACGUUUUUUGCCACUGAAUCAGGUCCCUCACUGUACAUGAGUAGAUGAAUAUCAAGUUCAUGCCGUAAUUGGACACAAAAACGCCGCUCGUUUCUCCAAAAUGCAAGAGACAAAAGUUAAUGCGAUUCUGUUAGAAGUUAGCUCUCUGAUUUUUCCCAGUUUACACAGAACAUACCAAAGUCACUUCGUAGAAUAUAAAAGUACAAUAAAAACAGACUUUUAAUUUUUAGAUGAAAGAAAUGCCAAGUCCUUGAAGCUGAUCCAAGACGCUGUGUUUGCCGUUUGUUUGGAUGGAUGCGUCCCUCAUCGGGCAUUCCAUGACAAUCACCUGGAAACUGCAGGCGAUCUCAUUCUUCAUGGCUGUGGAUCCGAUGCCUAUGGGCUAAAUCGUUGGUUCGACACAACAAUUCAGGUAUUAGAUUAGAAAUAUGAUAUGAAGUCGCAAUAUGCAAAACUUGUAUUGAAAACUUGAAACCUUCGUCUUCAGCUGGUUGUCUCUCUUGACGGCUUCAACGGUCUGGCCAUUGAGCACAGCGUGGCCGAAGGAAUGGUCAUCAUCACCAUGAUGGAGCAUGUUCAACACUGGGUCAACGAAAACCGCCCAACCCACGCUCGACUUCCUCCAUUCCUAGGGAACGUACAACAUGAGCCGUUGAGUUGGGUGGUGACCGAAGAGAACAAAGCCAAAUUGGACAAAUUCGUUUAUGAUUACGACAAUUUAGUGACGGAUCUCCGUUUGACGGUCUACACAUUUGAGGAGUACGGAAAGGAAAAGAUCAAACGGAUGGGAGUUAGUCCCGAUGGAUUCGUUCAACUGGCCAUGCAAUUGGCUCAUUUUCGGUAAGGAGUGAGGAGUUUUUUAGAGGCUUAGGCGCGAUAGAAAUCACUACAGUGGGGGAUCUGAUCCAGUGGCAAAAAACUUACCAUUUUGCAUCCGGAAAGUAUCAAAAAUGUGGCAAAAUGCCUCCCUUUCGAAGUAAAAAAACUACGACUUCAAAAGCGUACCCGUUUUUUUUGUGAGGGCAAGGGCGCGCCCUUCAAAACAAAUUUUUUUUCACUUGAAGAUGGAGGCAUUUUGCCACAUUUUUUAUGCUUCCCGGAUGCAAAAUGGGACGUUUUUUGCCACUGGAUCAGGCCCGUCGCUGCAUCAGGGCAAGGAGUUUCAAUCGGGCAAAUUUUUCUCUUUUGUACGGUCCCUAUUAAGCAAUCCUUUUUCUCUACUAAAAGCCCGCUUCCAGGCUCCACGGUUACCUCGUCUCCACAUACGAAAGCGCUACCCUCCGCAAGUUCCGCUACGGUCGCGUUGACAACAUUCGCGCCGCAACGCCAGAAGCUCUGGCGUGGGUACAGUCGAUGAACGACCGGAGCGUUCCCGACUCGGAAAAAAGAAGUCUGUUCGAGAAAGCGGCCAAGAAGCAGUUUCUGUUGACGGGAGAGGUGAGUCGCUUGCUUGACCCGUUGCGCGAAUUUUUACGCUUGCCAAUUGAAGAUAACAAACUUGCAGAAUAUAAACGGCUUCGGGAUUGACAACCAUCUCUGCGCUUUGGAGUGCUUGGCCAAAGAGAAUGUUUCGCGGGGCCGGCUGAAGAGAAUGCCGGAGAUGUUCGAACAGCAGACUUAUCGGGAGACGUUGAGGUUCCCAUUGACUACAAGUCAGGUAAACAUGGUUAGGUUUAUACUUUUUUUGGUUUUAAUAUCUAUAAUAUUUAUAUAUGUAUGUUAGUUUUACGAAGCAUUCAAAAUUUCAAAAUUUAAGAUUGGGCUUUGUACAGUGAAGUACCCGCUCCAAUGGCAAAAAACGUAUCAUUUUGCAUCCGUGAAGCAUCAAAAAUGUGGCAAAAUGCCUUCCUCUUCAAGUCAAAAAAACUCCGUUUUGAAGGGUCACUCACAAAAAGAGCGGGCGCGCUUUUGAAAUCGGAGUUUUUUCACUUGAAGAGGGAAGCAUUUUGCCACAUUUUUGAUACUUCCCGGAUACAAAAUGCUACUUUUUUUGCCACUGGAUCAGGUCCAUCACUGUAGGCAAUAGAUCAGCUAAAAUAGGGAGAGUCAGACGGACAAAAAGGAAACUUUCCCUUUAACUGGAAAGUCUUGCUUGUUCUAGUUGCAAACCAUUCAUGAUAGAUCGAACUUUUAACUAUAUCAAUUGACAAAAUAGCGUUAUAUACAACGCUUUUGAUAGUAUCAGAAAAAUAAUGUAAAAUUCUUCAGGUCUCCACCAACCCCGUCUUCGAAGGCACUUACCUCUGCUACGGCCCUGUUGUCAACGACGGCUAUGGCUGCGCUUAUAACAUUCAACCUCACAAGAUAAUCUUCGCCAUAAGCGAUAUGAAAUCCAACGACCGAACCAACGGCAUUGCCUUUGAGCAAGCACUGAAAGACGCGCUGGAAUCGAUGAACUACUUACUGUCUGUCGCUUAG